GGAGGAAGGGGGUUUAGAUAGGAGGCUUUGAGAAGAAGACCCAGUGAGGAAGAAGUUAACUGUGGAAGCAGUGCGGAAGGGAGGAACAGGAUCCUGGAACCUGAGGAUACUUAGACGAGCUGGGGGCCGGAAACGCAAAGUGUGAAUAAGACAGCAUGAACUUUACCCCGACACACAGCCCUGUCUGCAGAAAACCAACAAUUGCCUCCAAAUACAGUGUUGCUUCUGGCAUCAAUGGUCCCACCAGGAGGAGUAGAAUGGCCGAUUCAGUGGAGUCUACUCCCUUGCCUUCAAUCAGAGAUCGUCUGGCUGUCCUGUGCCCUUCUCAGGAGCUUCUGGAAUAUUAUCAAAAGAAGAUGGCUGACUGUGAUGAAGAAAAUGAGGACCUAUUGAAGAAGCUAGAGUUCUACAAAGAAGCCUGUGAAGGACAGUCUAAAUGGGAUCUGCCUUGCCCGCCCGCCAUCAAACGACCCGGCCUGGAGGCGAGAGGGGGCCCAGCCGCCCAUCUGCCCGCCCAUCUGCCCGCCCAUCUGCCCGGUGACCCAACCCGGAGGAGGGGCCCAGCCGCCCGUCAGUCCAACCAGGAGCAUAGACUUGAAUGGGAUUUACAGCAGAAGGAUGAAGAGAUUGCUGAAUUGCAGAAAGCUCUGAGUGAUAUGCAGGUCUGUCUCUUCCAAGAACGGGAACAUGUUUUACGCCUGUACUCUGAAAAUGACCGACUGAGAAUCAGAGAACUAGAAGACAAGAAAAAGAUUCAGAAUCUCUUGGCUCUUGUGGAAACGGACACUGGAGAAGUGACCUAUUUUUAUAAGGAGCCUCCCCACAAAGUCAGCAUUUUUCAAAACACUAUUCAGGCUGCUGGUGUAUGUGAACAGAAUGAUUCUUCAGCUCCUAAACCAGAUUCUAAAGAAGAAAAAAAAAGAUCAUCAAUAAGAGAGAAGGAAUACGGUUCUGAGCAUUACCAAGGAGACAUAGAAACACUCAUCCUACAGGUGGAAGCACUGCAGGUGCAGCUAAAAGAGCAGACCAAGUUUUCUAGAGAACAAGUCGAAGGGCUCAUGGAGGACAGACGGAUUCGCAUCGAGGAGAUACAAGUUCAGCACCAGAGAAAUCAGGACAAAAUUAAAGAACUAACCAAAAGUUCUCGGCGGACACAACAUCUUUGUUUGUAUGUGGUGCUGAGGAUCGAACCCGGGCCGCACGCAUGCCAGGCGAGCGCACUACCGCUUGAACCACAUCCCCAGUCCCCAAUAUAUAAGCAUUUUCAUGUCCAUGCUUGUCCUCUCUUUCAUAGUCUCCAUCAUACCCAAGAACUGCUCUAUGAGAGCACCAAAGACUUUUUGAAAUUGAGAUUUGAAAACCAAACUAAAGAGAAGACAUGGAUGCUUGAAAAAGAUCAGUUGAUGUCAAAGAUUAAGCAAUACAGGAUGCAGAAUAAGAAGAAAGAUGAUAAAAUUGGAAAAGUUAUGCCAGUUUUACAUGACAGUCAUCAUACCCAAAAUGAAUAUAUUAAGUCCCUAAAGGAUAAGUUGGCACAAGAGAAAAAGUUGUCCAACAUGUACCAAGAGCAGUGCAUUGCUCUAGAAGAAGAACUUGCCAAAAUUCGAGAGGAGGAGGGAGUGAGGAGAGAGAUCUUCAAGGAUCGCUCUAACAAGAUGAGUAAGCGUUUACAGAUAAUGACAAAACGCUAUGAGGCCUUAGAGCACAGACGUAUGUUGGAAGUAGAAGGCUUUAAGACAGAUAUCAAGGUUCUCCGACAGAGACUGAAAGACUUGGAGCAAAUGCUCUAUAAGGCAACAAUUAAUACCCGGGCAAACCAGGACCUUGCCAUUCUGUGUGAGGUCCGAGACAGCAAUAGACGGGCACACAAGAUACAAGGAGAACUGAAGAACAUCAAAUCCAAAGUGUUCGGUCUGGAGAAUGAACUUAGGCUCUGUUGAUGUCUACUUUCAGAGGCGGUCAGCUUCCUGAAAUCUAGGAAAAGGUUAUCUGCUCCCAAAAAGACUUACAGUUGACUGGAGUAUCCGUUUUUAUAAAGACAAAGUGAAGAAUCGGAGCACUAAAAAGCUUAUCUUGUAUACUAAGCCUUAUUCGUAAUUUUCACUCUCCUGUUAACCUUUUGGGAAGUCUGGAUUAUAGCCUGAAUUACUCUGAGGCUUUCCCACAUUAUUUCUCCUGUUUGUUUUAACAGGUUUUGUUUUUUAAAACAAAGAUGAAAAUUUAGGAGAAAGUGUUUUUUGCUAAGAACUUGGCUGAGUGUCAUUAGGAAGAACACUUUCUAAAGGAAUAAAGACAUUCAUUAAAGUUGCCUUCCUCCUAGGCAGAGAAAGCUGCAGCACUCGGCAAAUUUGCACUACUCAGCUAUGGAACUUUGGAAUUUUUCCAUCAUGAGCAUCUCCUGAAUUACCACCAGAGGGCAGUAGAGACCCUACUCUUAGGCAAAUGAUUAUAGAAAAAUAGAGGUGCCACUUUGGCAGGAGUGAGACUGAAAUGAUCCUUUAUGAAAAGUUUGACAUUGUAUCAAUAACAUUUUUUAAAUAAUGUAUAUAUUUCAAAUUAACUAUUUUCAAUAAAAUAAGUAAUCAAAAAUA